CCAUGAUCCUCAAAAGAACUGACGUCAACAAGAGACACUUUGGAGAGGGAGGUCGUAUAACUAUAAUGAUUAUAUGUGCGGUUGUAAGCCGAUAUAAACAUCACACUGCCUGCUGUUUAGUGAACACUAACUGUUUUUCUUAUUUCUAAAUACAUGUUUAAACUGUGAUUGAGUUAAACAUAUUUUGCAAUGCUUAUUGAGCACUUCUUUCAUUGAGCAUAUCACGUCUCUCUUGAACACAAUACAAUAGUCACCAAAGAAAACAACUAUUGUUAGAGGGUGAAUGUUAUUAUCAUUUGCGGUCGAAUGCACUUGAAUGAAUGAUAAGUCUUCUGUAGAGCAGUCAACAUCCCAACCGCCAGGGUUUUUUCCGCACUGUUUUGAUGGGCAUUUUUCCCUUAGCUGGAAAAGCAGUGGCUACAGGGGUUGUUUGUGUUUUGUUUGCCAUUAUGGGUAUAGAUUUUGUCUGAAAUGUGGUCACAUAACAUGGUACUGCAGGGGAAAUUAGUGCAUUCAAAAUGCUAAUUAAGUGUAUAGUUAUUCAUACUAAUGUAUAGUAACUCUUUUUAAUAUUAGAUUUUGGGACUAUUAUUGGCAUUGUUGUUGUAAAAGGUUGAUGGCGGGUCGAUUAGUCCAUUGAAAUUAAUUCUAUUUCAUAAAUAUACUCUAUAUAUAACUGAAUACAUAUACCUUUUUGAGUCCUAAUACCACAGAAAUAAAGAUAACGUAUAUUAUUGUAGUUACCGCUGUAGAGGUCAAACCAGCUUAUUUCGGUAGAGUUCGAUUCAAACCUUAAAAGAAGGAAUGUGUAAGAUUAUAUAUGUAAGAAAAUAAAAAAGUGGGUUAAUUCUAUUUCAUAAAUAUACUCUAUAUAUAACUGAAUACAUAUACUGUUUUGAGUCCUAGUAACACAGAAAUAAAGAUAACGUAUAUUAUUGUAGCGACCAUUGUAGAGGUCAAACCAGCUUAUUUCGGUAGAGUUCGAUUCAAACCGUAAAAGAAGGAAUGUGUAAGAUUAUAUAUGUAAGAAAAUAAAAAAAGUGGGUUCCUGUGAUAACAUCCACCGAACGCGCGACGGGUAAUAAAAAACAAGAUAAAAAAGGAAAGAAGUCUGGUCUCCAGCUGGGCGGUGCGGGGGAGGGUUUGUGGGCGGGGCUUCGGAAGGGUGUAUCCAAUAAAGAAGAACCCCCCAUGUGUCUCUUACCGGUAUGAGCGAGUUCCACACAUGAGCCUGCGAAGCUCCAAUUCAAACGGAGGCGUAUAUAUAUCUAACAUCUAAUCGGAUCGUCGUCGAUUGCUUUUGACGUUUAAAACUCUACUUUCUAAACGACGGGCGUCAUUUUGGGCAGGAGGUCUGUUUUCCACAUUUAACUUUAAUUGAGUUGAUCAUCACGAGCGCCGCGGUUACGACGCCGUCUGUGCGCGCGUUAUUUAGCGUUAGCUGCGCGGCAAGAAAGCCCCGUUCUCCUCGAGACCCACGACUGAAACGUACGGAGGUACACCUGGUCAUCUGUAGUUCCAGUUCCACAAUGGCCGUCUAUUCGACCAGUCUGAUGUCUCUGCACCAGAGGAACAGCACGCAAUGUAGUUUAAUCACAGGAUAGCGAUAAGCCAACGCGCUACCUCUAGUUUUCUGGUCAGUGCCAGUAAACGCAUUAGAAGUUUCACUGUUAAAGGAGCCUUGUUUUAAAACGGUUCUAAAGUCCAUUAUUUAUUUGACAGGUCACCUCUUUAUUUUAUAAGCAGAUUAGAAACUGCAUUAUUUAUACAUUUUGACAAGCAUUCAGUACCUUUAAGAUUGCGAAUCGAUUUCUUUUUAUCCUGUAAUCAUGGUUUCAACUACUGCCACUGCGAUAAUACUGGCCAGCACAGUGGGGCUGGUGACCCAUACCGCCCUGACAGAGUACACGUGGUUGCUGGUCGUCGGCUUCAUCAUCGCCUUCGUCUUGGCCUUUUCCGUGGGCGCCAAUGACGUUGCCAACUCCUUUGGCACGGCCGUCGGCUCUGGAGUGGUCACCCUGCGACAGGCGUGCAUUCUGGCCACCGUGUUUGAGACUCUCGGCUCCGUGCUCCUCGGGGCCAAAGUGAGUGAGACCAUCCGCAAUGGUAUCAUCGACGUCGGCAUGUACAACGGCUCCGAGCAUGUGUUGAUGGCUGGAUCUAUCAGCGCCAUGUUUGGUUCUGCUGUGUGGCAGCUGGCCGCCUCCUUCCUUAAGCUCCCAAUCUCUGGAACUCACUGCAUCGUUGGUGCAACCAUUGGCUUCUCGCUAGUGGCCAGAGGCCAGCAGGGAGUCAAGUGGUGGGAACUACUCCGAAUCGUUAUUUCCUGGUUCCUGAGUCCCCUUUUGUCAGGAAUCAUGUCUGCCAUUGUUUUCUACUUUGUGCGCAUGUUCAUCUUACGCAAGAAAGACCCUGUACCGAAUGGCCUCAGGGCGCUGCCGGCCUUCUACGCUUUGACUUUAGGAAUCAAUGUGUUCUCCAUCAUCUUCGGUGGCUCAUCGAUGCUUGGAUUUGACAAGAUCCCUUGGUGGGGCACCCUGCUCAUCUCAUUGGGCUUCGCUGUGCUGACCGCCCUCGUGGUCUGGUUCAUUGUCUGCCCUCGCCUCAAGAAAAAGAUUGAACAAGACCUAAAGUCUGCCAGCCCAUCAGAGAGCCCCCUGAUGGAGAAGAGGGAGCUGAGAGAGGCCCAAUGUCCGAUCCUGAAACAGACGGUCAAUGAGACGUCCAUGGCCGCCGCCAAUCAAAGCCCCCCCGCGCAGCCCCAGGCGGCCCCUGAGGAGCGCAGGGUGGCCUUCAACAUCGGAGACGGUGACGAUGUUGAGAAUAACAGGGAACGUAGGGUGGCGUUUGACAUUGGUGAUUCCGACGACGCGGACGACAGCAGCACGAAUGGUGCGCUUAAGCAGGUUCAAUCAAACAACCCGCAAGUCCAGCACAGCAAUGGCUCCACAGAUUCUGCCAAUCAGGUCCAGUUCAACAACAGGCCGGCGCAGAUUCCGAGUAACGGCUACAGCCAGUACCACACAGUCCACAAGGACUCCGGCCUCUACAAGGACCUGCUGCACAAGCUCCACCUGGCCAAGGUCGGCGACUGCAUGGGCGAGGGGGGCGACCGGCCGAUCCGACGCAACAACAGCUACACCUCCUACACCAUGGCCAUCAUCGGCAUGCGCGGAGACUUCAAGCACAAGGAAGGGGAGUACCGCGCGUACGAGGAAGCCGACAAGGUCACGGGGUCCGGGGGUCAGGAGAGGAAGCGCGUGCGCAUGGACAGUUACACGAGCUACUGCAACGCGGUGGCGGAGCACACGACUCCCGAGGCUCUGGGAGAGGCUGACGUGACGCUGGAAAUGGCGAAGGAGGGCGCAGGAAGCAGCCACAGCUCUCUGGACAACAACGGGCACGAUGCCGACCGGCCAGAAGUGUCCACCCUCUUCCAGUUCCUCCAAAUCCUCACGGCCUGUUUCGGAUCCUUCGCCCAUGGGGGGAAUGACGUGAGUAACGCCAUUGGACCGUUGGUAGCUCUGUGGCUGGUUUACACAAGCAGCAGUGUGUACUCAAAGGAACCCACACCCAUUUGGCUGCUGCUGUACGGUGGCGUGGGAAUCUGCGCCGGGCUCUGGGUUUGGGGACGUAGAGUGAUCCAGACUAUGGGCAAGGACCUAACUCCCAUCACCCCCUCAAGUGGUUUCAGCAUCGAACUGGCCUCAGCCUUGACUGUGGUGGUUGCCUCUAACAUUGGCCUGCCGGUCUCCACCACCCACUGCAAGGUGGGCUCCGUGGUCGCAGUGGGAUGGUUGCGCUCAAAGAAAGCCGUAGACUGGCGUCUCUUCAGAAACAUCUUCAUGGCGUGGUUUGUGACGGUGCCCAUCUCCGGUUUGAUCAGCGCCGCCAUCAUGGCCUUCAUGGCCAUCUUCAUCUCUGGCAUCCUUUGAGCCGUCGGCUGCACCCCGAGCAGGGGAGGAGAACGAGACCGCUUCAGUGCGCACCAGGAGAGGAGAGAGGAGUUGGAAGGCCAAACUAUCGCUUACCUCAAGUCAAACGUUGUAUGGAAAGGAAGAGGGGGAAAAAAAAAUAGAAAUGUUUGGUGGUUCUUGGCUGCAUCAUUUUCAACCUAGAAUUUGCUGUUUGUUCCAUUUGGGUCACAUCAUUUCUAGCAGAAAGCUUGCAUUUCAUUGUUCUGACUUUCUUUUUCAUACAUCAUCAUUCUGUAACGAUUUAUUCGGAAAGCGUCGACUGAUUUUUAUUUUUCCUUUUUAUUACAUUUUUUUUACUUUGCAGUUAUGUAAAUAAGACCAUGUUCUGUUUUUUAUUUUACACAUUGGAAAGAAGUAAACCAUGUAGGAUGCAGUACAGGCCUUUUGCAGAUAUAACACAAGUCAUAGCACAUUCUGAAAGUAACGUAGACUCAAAAGCAGUAUUUUAGGUGAAAAGCAAGUUUCUGUAUGUGCAUGCUUUUUUUCCUUCAUUUUAAGUCUGUUAUUCAAUUCAUUCAAUCUGGCUUGUAUUCCCUAAGUGUUGUUUAUUAGCUGUUGUCCUUUACAUGUUAUCAAAGAACGGUUACUUGAAACUUAAUUGAGAGGUUGCUAAGGGUUUCUAAAAUACCUCAAAGUGUGAUCACAGGUCUGCAGUGGUUUGACCUAUUAGUCCGAAUAGUUUACCACGGCAGAAACUCCACUUGCACACACUGGCUGACCCGUGCAGAAUGAGGUCUGAAGGAUUAUGCAUUGCAUAAUAGUUGGCACACUCUGGCAGUAAAUUACGACACCAUAUCUCCUGAAGUCCUGGAUUACCUACAAUCCAGUCUUUAUUUUUAUUUUUUUAUCAGAAUGUCCCAAGAUAAUUGCUUGAAAUGAUCAGUUACUUGAAUUUGAGAAAUGAAACACCAGAAUGUUAACUAACACAUACUCUCAAGCAAGUCUCCUGUUGAAACUUGAUUACAUCAUCUUUGAUGGUUAAAUGCUUAAUCAAUGCCUCCUUCAGCGUUGUGGUUUUUUACCCCCAGUUCACCGUGUAUUGGAGACUUUCUGGUUUGUUUUAUUUUUUCCAGUGAUAUUUGGAGUUGCCUAAGCGUUUGUUGAAACUAUCCUUUUCUUUUGAGUGAAGGUGGAUACGGUUGUGAAAGAACUGGUUCUCCAUGAGAGUGGUUUGGUGAUUGGCUGAACUGGUCUGUAGUGUGAAGGCUAGACAUAGUUACAUGUCACCCGGGUGUGGUCCUUUGGCUGCAUUACUAAACGCAUAUCAGAUCUAUAGCUGCUGUAGUUGCCUUAAUUGUUUUAAUUUUCCCAUAGGUACCAAAGAAGUUUUUUUUUUUCCCUAAUUGCACAGGAGUCAAAAUACAAAAAACAAAUAAAAAUGGGAAAAUAA